UGCGAUUCAAGGGUUACCGCAGAGAGCCCCGUGCGCGUGGAGUGGACGUGGGUUGUGCCAAGACGUCCCCAGCAAGGUCUCGUCCCCGCAGGGCCCUGCCCCCGACAGCCGAGGAGGCCGCGGCAUGGACCAGCGGGAGCUGCCACCGCCGCCCGCUCCUGAAGAAAACGAAGUGAAGUAUGAUUCCAAUAACAAUGAGGAGGACGAGGGAGAACAGUUCGACUUUGACAGCGGAGAUGAGAUCCCGGAAGCCGACCGACAGGCCCCCUCCGCGCCGGGCGCGGGGACCUCGGCUGUGGACGCCGCGGCCUCCCCGGCAGGAGGGGAAAGCGGAACCGCAGCGCACAGCGUCCCGGCGGCAGAACCUGCCCAACUCGCGGUCCCGGUGAAAGUGAACCCGUAUUCCGUCAUCGACAUCUCGCCCUUCCAGGAAGAUCUGCCGCCAACCCCAGAGGGCAGCGCGGAGGAGGAGGGCACGGGUCUGCUGGUGCCCAGCGGGUACUCGGUGCCGGUGCCCUGCGGCUACGCCGUCCCCUCGAGCCUGCCCCUGCUGCUGCCCGCCUACUCCAGCCCGGUCAUCGUACGCGCCGUGUCGCUGGACGAGGAAGAGACACUAGAAGUCACAGAAGGUCAGCAGUUUAAUUCUCUAAGCUCUGAGGACCCUGCAAACAGCGAAGACCGAGCGGCUGAGGACGGCAGCGCGCUGGCCCGGUGGGUGGCGGAUCCGGCCAACACUGCCUGGAUGGAGAACCCUGAAGAAGCAAUUUACGACGAUGUUCCCAGGGAGAACUCAGACUCCGAGCCAGAUGAGAUGAUUUACGACGACGUGGAGAAUGGGGACGAAGGCGGAAACAGCUCCCUGGAGUACGGCUGGAGCUCCAGCGAGUUCGAAAGCUAUGAAGAGCAGAGCGACUCCGAGUGCAGGAACGGGGUGCCCAGGUCCUUCCUGCGCGGCAGCCACAAAAAGCAGCUGUCCCAUGACCUGAGCCGCUUAAAGGAGCACUAUGAGAGGAAGGUGAGGGAGCUGAUGGCCGGCACGGUGGGCGCCGUGGAGCUUCAGCAGCUGAGGCAGAAGCAGGAGCUGAAGAUGCAGAAGCUGAUGAAGGCCGCCAGGGAGGGCACCAAGGACGGGCUGGAAAAGACCAAAGCGGCCGUGAAGCGGGGCCGCUCCUUCAUCAGGACCAAGUCGCUCAUCUCGCAAGAUCACAGAUCUCUCGAGGAGGAGCAGAAUCUGUUCAUCGAGGUGGACUGCCGGCACCCGGACGCCGUGCUGACGCCGAUGCCCGAGGGUCUGUCCCAGCAGCAGGUGGUGAGAAGAUACAUCCUGGGGUCAGUGGUCGACAGUGAAAAGAACUACGUAGAUGCCCUUAAGAGGAUUUUGGAGCAAUACGAGAAGCCGCUGUCUGAGAUGGAGCCGCGGGUUCUGAGCGAGAGGAAGCUGAAGACGGUGUUCUACCGCAUCCGGGAGAUCCUGCAGUGCCACUCCAUGUUCCAGAUCGCACUGGCCAGCCGCGUGUCCGAGUGGGACGCCGUGGAGAUGAUCGGCGAUGUCUUCGUGGCUUCGUUCUCCAAGUCCAUGGUCCUGGACGCCUACAGCGAGUACGUGAACAACUUCAGCACAGCCGUGGCCGUCCUCAAGAAAACAUGCGCCACGAAGCCUGCUUUUCUUGAAUUUUUGAAGCAGUGCCAGGAGGCCAGUCCCGACCGGAUCACGCUCUACAGCCUGCUGAUGCGGCCCAUCCAGCGCUUCCCGCAGUUCAUCCUCCUGCUCCAGGACAUGCUGAAGAACACGCCCAAGGGACACCCCGACAGGCUGCCCAUUCAGAUGGCCCUGACCGAGCUGGAGACGUUGGCGGAGAAACUGAAUGAGAGAAAGAGAGACGCUGACCAGCGCUGUGAGAUCAAACAGAUAGCAAAGGCCAUCAACGAGCGAUACCUGAACAAGCUUCUCAGCAGUGGAAACCGAUACCUCGUGCGAUCCGAUGACAUGAUAGAAACGGUUUACAACGACAGAGGAGAAAUUACUAAAACCAAAGAACGCCGCCUCUUCAUGUUAAACGACGUGUUAAUGUGUGCCACGGUCAGCUCACGCACCCUGCACGACAGCGGCUCGGUCACCAGCCAGCGGUACCUGCUGAAGUGGAGCGUCCCCCUGGGCCACGUGGAGGUGAUGGAGUACAGCGCGAACCCGGGUGCGGGCGGGCACGGCAGGUUCCCCGUGGCGCACCCUCCCGAGAGCCUGGCGGUGGUCGCCAACGUGAAGCCACACAAAGUUUACAUGGGGCCGGGACAACUGUAUCAAGAUUUACAGAACCUGUUGCACGACUUAAACGUCGUUGGUCAAAUCAGCCAGCUGAUAGGAAACCUUAAAGGCAACUACCAGAACUUAAACCAGUCGGUAGCCCAUGACUGGACCUCAGGUUUACAAAGACUUAUUCUGAAGAAGGAAGAGGAAAUCAGAGCCGCGGACUGCUGCAGGAUCCAGUUACAGCUCCCCGGCAAGCAGGACAAAUCUGGGCGGCCCACCUUCUUCACAGCCGUGUUCAGCACCUUCACCCCGGCCAUCAAGGAGUCCUGGACCAACAGCCUGCAGACGGCCAAGCUCGCCCUGGAGGAGGAGAACCACAUGGGCUGGUUCUGUGUGGAAGACGACGGGAACCAGAUCAAGAAGGAGAAGCACCCUCUCCUCGUUGGGCACAUGCCGGUGAUGGUCACCAAGCAGCAGGAGUUCAAGAUUGAAUGUGCCGCGUACAACCCCGAGCCCUACCUGAGCACCGAGGGUCAGCCGGACUCGACCUCCGCGGCGCAUGGCUUCCUGUGGAUCGGAAGCUGCACCAAUCAGAUGGGCCAGAUCGCCAUCGUCUCGUUUCAAAAUUCCAACCCCAAGGUCAUCGAGUGCUUCAACGUGGAGUCUCGCAUCCUGUGCAUGGUGUACAUUCCGGUCGAGGAGAAGCUCCGAGAGCCCAGCGCAGCCGCGGACCCCGAAGCCUCCACCACGAGGGCUUGCGAUGCCCCGACCGUCUGCAUAGGAGCGGAGGAGGGAAGCAUUUCCGUGUAUAAAAGCAGCCAAGGCUCCAAGAAAGUGAGACUUCAGCACUUCUUCAUGCCCGAGAGGUCCACGGUCAUGAGCCUGGCGGGCUCGCCGCGCAGCCUGUACGCGGGCCUGGUGGACGGGGCGGUGGCUAGCUACGCCAGAGCCACAGAUGGAACCUGGAAUUCCGAACCUCAGAAGGUGAUAAAACUCGGCGUCCUGCCGGUCAGAAGUCUGCUCCUCAUGGAAGACACGCUGUGGGCGGCCUCUGGGGGUCAAGUGUUCAUAAUCGGCGUGGAGACGCUGGCGGUGGAGGGCCAGCUGGAGGCGCACCAGGAGGAGGGCAUGGUGAUCUCGCACAUGGCCGUGGCCGGCGUCGGGAUCUGGAUCGCCUUCACCUCGGGCUCCACGCUCCGCCUCUUCCACACCGAGACGCUGGAGCACCUGCAGGACGUGAACAUCGCCGCGCCGGUGCACAACCUGCUGCCAGGGCACCAGCGGCUGUCAGUGACCAGCCUGCUCGUGGCCCACGGGCUGCUGAUGGUCGGCACCAGCCUGGGAGUCCUGGUGGCCCUGCCGGUCCCGCGCCUGCAAGGGAUCCCCAAGGUGACCGGCAGGGGCAUGGUGUCCUACCACGCGCACGGCGGGCCCGUCAAGUUCAUCAUCCUGGCGGCGGCUCUGCGGGAGAAAGGCAAGGACAGGGCCAGGGACAGCCUGCCCCCCGGCCCGGAGCCCCCGGCGGCGGCGGAGGAGGAGAAGGACAAGGACCGGCCCCCCAGCGAGGGAGCCGCCUCGCGCCCCGGCCAGGGCGACCCCGACACGGCCGUCUGGCUGGGAGACGGGCCGGGAUCCACGGCCCAGAAGGGCGACCUGUCCUCCUCCUCGGGGUCCCUGAGCCUGUCCCACGGCUCCGGCUCUCUGGAGCACAGGCCGGAGGACAGCGUCAUCUACGACCUGCUGAAGGACCCAGUGUCACUGCGGAGCCGAGCGCGGCGGGCGAGGAAGGCCAAGGCCAGCUCGGCGCUGGUGGUGUGCGGCGGCCAGGGCCACAGGCGGGUGCCCGGCAAGGCCAGACAGCCGCCCCGCGAGGAGCUGGCGCCCUCCGUCCUGGUGUGGCAGGUCCCCUGCUGAGCACCCGGCGACGGCCGCCUCCGGGCCUCGGAGUCUGCCAUCAAGGACGGCUUCUCCGUUAAGUCACGCGGCGCGGGGACGUGUGCGCCUGGCCGGACGCGUCAAAACAGUAUUUGAGGCAGGAAUGUGCAAUAUCGCGACGGUGACGCCUGCGGUCCCGCCUUCUCCUCCAUGCGGCAGAGGGGACACAGACGCUCCUGAAGGGAGAAGACGGUGCAGCUUUCUGAGUCAUCGAGUGACGUCCUGGGAAAAUACCACGUUCUGUGUGGCUGCCGGGGACACGCAAAUGCUGAGUGUUAACCGUCAGCUUCAGACCUAUUCUCCUAGGUCGCUUAGAGAAUGUGCAAGCUAAGCAUCUAUGAGAAAAUAAAUGUAUUCCGUAGUAUAGGAGUUUAUUAACAAUUCUUUAAAUAAUUUUACUUGAUCCAAAUUCACUACUUUUAUUUAUAUUCUGUAUUUUCAAAUUCCAGAAUAGAAUUUGUAACCAUUAAAAAAUGGGGGCACACACAGCCCUCCGGACAGGGUGCCGCUUCCCAAGUGGGCUGGGCUUCGCUAAGUGGUAUGAUGUGUGUACUGUAUAUUUUAACAAAGUAGUAUUUUUAUAUUGCCUUUUUCGAUUAAAAAAUUAACCGUUUAA